ACACUUUCAAUGAGUUUUACGGACAAAACUUUUACCGUUAAUUGAAUUGAAUUGCAAUUAAAUCAAUGAAAUAAUGAGUGAAUUAACACAUCUGGAGAUUAUAGGAAUCGUUUCAUUAGUUUUCGUUGCAUUAAAACUGACAAUAAGUGUAUUGAAGGGCUUUUGGACCACUUUUUUGGGCUAUAAAUUGGGUUUUGGUAUUGAAUGGAAAGUCGGAGACAAUGUGUGGGCUGUCAUCACCGGCGCUACCGAUGGUAUUGGUCUGCAAUACGCCAAACAAAUGGCACAAAAGGGAUAUAAUUUAGUCAUUAUCUCAAGAAAUGAAGACAAACUGAUGGCAACACAAAAGAGUCUAUUGAAUGACUACAAAGACUGCAAACAGGUCAAAACAAUUGCCGCUGAUUUCAGUCGUACCGAUGUUUACGAUAUGAUCGCCAAAGAGUUGAACCAAUUGGAAGUGAUUGACGUAUUGGUGAACAAUGUGGGCACUCUUAGCACUUGUCCCGACUAUUUCCUGGAC